CACUGUACGAGGUUGUCCUCAAACAGAAGCUAAGAGGAAGAGCCUAAGAGCUGAGAAUCAAAAUGCCCUCCUUGAAAUUCUUCAUGUUCUUUCUUGUUCUCUAUCUUGCAACUUCUGCUAUCGGUUUAACAAGUGCUGCUGAUCCAAAAUAUCUUUUCCAUGAUUGCACAAACACAACAACUUUUAACAGAAAUAGCACCUAUCAAUCUAAACUCAAUUUUCUCCUCUCUUCACUUGUCUCUAACGCCACCCGCAGCAAUGGAUUCUCCACCGGUUUCUACAACGCCACAGCAGGCCAAGACCCUGACAAGGUCUACGCUCUCUUUCUUUGCCGAGGUGAUGUCACUCCCACCACCUGUCAAGAGUGUGUCAAUUUUGCUACCUCAGACAUUCUUCAACGUUGUCCUGUUGAAGAAGAAAGUAUAAUAUGGUACGAUCCGUGCCUUUUACGCUACUCAGGCGAGUAUAUCUUUUCUACGAUGAAAGGUAACCCCGGUGCGGUUUUUUACGACUCUAACAAUGUUACAGAACAAGUCCGGUUUAACCAGCUAGUAGGGACUACAAUGAAGGAAGCAGCAAAUGAGGCUGUUGCUUCCCCUAAAAAAUUUUCGACAAGAAAGGCUAACUUCACAACCAUUCAAACACUGUACUGUCUCGUACAGUGCACACCAGACCUGUCAAAUUUGGACUGUAACAAUUGUCUUGAACAAUCUUUUGCUACUUUGCCGACUACCCGGGUAGGAGCAAGAGUUUUGAUUCCAAGUUGUAAUAGCCGGUUUGAAUUGUACCCGUUUUAUAAUGAAAACGUUUCUGCCGCACCGCCGCCGACGCCAGCGCUCUCUUCUUCACCCCCUAAAGGAAACAGCGGAAUUUCAUCUUCAAUAAUCAUCGCGAUCAUUGCUCCAAUUGUUGUAGCUGUAGUACUUUUCAUAGCCAGCUACUGCCUCCUAAUUAGGAGAGCAAGAAAGAAGAAUAGCCCUCCACUGGAAGAUAAUGCUGGGAAUGAUGACAUUACAACUGUAGAGUCCUUGCAAUUUGACUUUGGGACAAUUGAAGCAGCCACAAAAAAUUUCUCAACUGAUAACAAGUUGGGCGAAGGUGGAUUUGGUGAAGUUUACAAAGGCAUACUUCCUAAUGGAGAAGCUAUAGCAGUAAAAAGGCUAUCAAGCAGAUCUGGGCAAGGUGCAGAAGAAUUUAAGAAUGAGGUUGUAUUGGUAGCCAAGCUUCAACACAGAAAUUUGGUUCGACUACUUGGGUUUUGCUUGGAGAGGGAAGAAAAGAUUCUUGUCUAUGAAUUUGUGACGAACAAAAGCCUCGACUACUUUCUAUAUGACCCUGAAAGGCGAGCUGAAUUGGAUUGGUCAAGACGUUACAAGAUAAUUAAAGGCAUCGCUCGGGGAAUGCUUUAUCUUCAUGAGGAUUCUCGAUUGAGAAUUAUACAUCGUGAUCUUAAAGCAAGCAAUGUAUUAUUAGAUGGAGAUAUGAAUCCAAAAAUUUCUGAUUUUGGCAUGGCAAGGAUUGUUGGAGUUGAUCAAACUCAAGCAAAUACAAAUAGAAUUGUUGGGACAUAUGGUUACAUGUCUCCAGAAUAUGCUAUGCGUGGGCAAUUCUCAGUGAAAUCCGAUGUGUAUAGUUUUGGUGUCCUAGUACUUGAGAUCAUUACUGGCAAGAAGAACAGCAAUUUCUAUCAACCAGAUGGUGCUGAGUAUCUCGUGAGCUAUGUUUGGAAACAUUGGAGGGAUGGGACACCGUUGCAAUUGUUGGAUUCAACCUUGACAGAUUCUUACUCAAGGAAUGAAGUGAUUAGAUGCAUACAUAUGGGGUUGUUGUGUGUCCAGGAAUAUUCAGCUGACAGACCCUCAAUGGCAACAAUAGUUCUCAUGCUUAAUAGUUACUCUGUUACUCUUCCAGCACCUAGACGGCCAGCCUUUUUCCUUGGUACUAGAUGGGAGGCUAGCAUGGCAAGAAACGAGUUUGACUUUGAUCAAUCUAAAAGCAACUCAAUCCCAUGGUCUGUUGGUGAUGCAUCAAUUACUGAAGUAUAUCCUCGAUAAUAGGUUGUUUUAGACUUCAAUUCACUUGUACAACCAAAAGUGACAAAUUCUUCUUUUCAAGAAGAGAAAUAGUGAACACGGGCAAUAUGGAAAUAUCUCUGGACUUCGAUUUCGGAUGUCAAUUUUACUGACACUAGAUAUUUGAUCUACUUCUAGUUCUGGAGAACACUAAGGAAUCCUUUGAGCAUUAGCCUUCUUUAAUUCUAUUGAAAAGAACAUAUAAGAAAAUUCCAUGUUUUAAAGAAAUCUAUUGUUGGUACAUCUCAGGUUAAGUGAUGGAUGUCUACUGCAUCGGAACCUGCAAAAGCUUAAUCCUUCUCUCGGCUUCAACUGUCAAAUCAGUCCUAGUAUUAUUAUUCCUUCCUUACUUCAGGUUAAUAAUUUCAUUGUCAAAUCAUUUAGGACUUUGCAGCUUAGUGUUUUGAUUCCAGGGAAAAUUGGCCAUCUAUCAGUUCUUUUGUCAUUUUAAUAGUCAAUUAUGGUCUUCAGUUACAUUUAAUGGCCAAAACUAAGUUUGGGGGAGAUUUUUGGAUGAUAUACUAACGAAUUUGAAAAGUCGAAGGGAGAUAAAUGAUUUUUUGUCAUGUAGACAAUUUAUAAUUUGGUCAAACCAAUUGAUUUGCCAUUGUUAAAUGUGAUAAUUGGGAUGGGCCGCCUGCCUUCAAUAAAACUUAGGCAUUUUUAUAUCUAAUGUUGGAAAUAUAACCCGCCUGGCCAACCCGGCUCGGCCCGCAAAGAGUUAGUGUUUUU